UGUCAGGUGUGUGUGUUUUGGGAAAGAGGAAUUGGGAGUGGUAAUGUACGUGAUCCCGGAAGUACCCCCAAGCACGCAGAGCAGGAGCAGCGCGUGAGUGUGACGGAGAGCUGACAGUCAGAGGAGAAAGGUGACUGACUAGCUAUAGUAGAAAGCUAGCUAACCAAAGCUUCAUCAUAUCAUGGCAGCAACUGUCAAUCAAGCAUGGUCGGCACUUUCAAAAAUGUUUAACAGUGAGCGGUACAGCCACUUCACUCUGCAGUCGGAAGAAGAGGGAGACGAAGGGAGCCACGUGGAGGUGAGACUGUCUGAUGAUGAAGUAGAUGACCAUGCCCCCUCUGAGCAGGUGGGCCAACCAGGAGGCUUGCCCUCAUACAGGCCCCGUCCACAGCAAAACAACCGCAAAGUGUGUUAUCUGGCUCUUGGAACCCUCUUCAUCUUCAUCAUCGGUUAUCUGAUUGGCUAUGUGAGCCACCAGUCUCCCAGCAAGGAGCCAAUCACUUGUGAUUCUGAGCAGGAAGUGGGCGUAGCUGAGGAGGCUGUAGUAAAAUCCUCUCUAUCCUGGAAUGACAUCACCAGCUUGCUGGCACAAAGACUGACUCCUGACGCCUUCAACAGCAGACUGAGUGAUGUUGAACAGCCAGAUCACGUGGCAGGGAGCAGUGCAGAUGGUAUUCUGGAAUAUCAUGUGUUUGACAGCUUUAAGAGUCUGGAGAUGGAGCCCUGGACUGAUGUACACUAUGUCCAACUACAGACAGCCAACAGUCAGAAGCCAAACCGUGUUAUGAUUGGCCAAGAGGAGGUGGGCCAGCCUAAGGGCUAUCUGGCCUAUAGUGCCACAGGAAAAGCUCAGGGCAAGGCGGUGUAUGGUAACUAUGGGAGUCAAGAGGACUUGAUGCUGCUACAGACUCUGAAGGUUGAGCUGAAUGGCACUGUGAUUCUACUGAGAGCUACAGGACAGAUCAGCCUGGCACAGCAGGUGGCUAAUGUAGCAGCAUUGGGAGUAUCUGCUGUGUUGAUUUACCUCGACCCUAAAGACUACAAGUUCCAACCAACUACUGAACUGUAUGGACAUGUCCAUCUAGGUUCAGGGGACCCCUUCACGCCAGGCUUCCCCUCCUUCAACCACACCCAGUUCCCUCCCACCCAGUCUUCUGGUCUGCCUACUGUACUGGCCCAAAGCAUUACUGCUGCUAGUGCUGCCAAGAUACUAACGCGUAUAGGUGGGCUUGAUUCCCCUCUCAGUUUUAAAGGCUCACUGGACAAUGUGAAGUACACCCUGGGAGGGGCUAGUAGUGAAGAUGUUACUGUGGAGGUGAACAACGUGCUGCAGGACACAGAGAUCCACAAUGUCUUUGGAGUCAUCAAGGGCUUCACUGAGCCAGAUCGGUACGUGUUACUGGGGGCUCAGAGGGAUGCGUGGGGUCCAGGCUACGCUAAAGCCACUGUCGGGACCACACUGCUACUGGAGCUGGCUCGAGCUGUGUCUGAGAUGGUGCACACAGAUGGUUUCCGUCCCAGGAGGAGUCUGGUGUUUGCCAGUUGGAGUGCUGGAGAAUACGGCGGUGUUGGAUCUACAGAGUGGCUGGAGGGUUUCUUCUCCUCUCUGGACAGAAGAGCUUUCACCUACAUCAGUCUGGAUGGAGUGGUGACUGGCCAUGGUGAAUUCAAAGUGUCUGCCAGUCCCCUACUCUACAGCCUUCUGGAAAGCACCAUGAAGGAGGUGAAGAAUCCCAUUGGUUUUGGAGAGUCUGGGAAGUCUCUGUAUGAUAAGGUGUCUGGAGUCAACUUUGAGAAGGCAGUGUUUGAGCCCAUGAAGAUGGAAGACUCUGCAUAUCCCUUCUUGGCCUUCUCUGGAAUCCCCUCUCUCUCCUUCCGCUUCGUCUCUCAGGGGUCUGAGGCCUACCCGUACUACGGCACCUCUCUUGACAACAAGGAUCACCUUGGUUACGCCACCGCCCAUCGUCUUAGUUCCCUAGCCACUGGGGCGGGAUUGGUCGCAGGUCAGCUGGCGUUACGAUUGGUCCACGACCACGUGCUGCGUCUAGAUGUGCAACGCUAAGGGGUUCUCAGCCAAUCUGUGGUCAAGAUCAACCAGCGCCUCAAACAAGUCACCUGGGAUGGUUCUGCCGAGAGUCUGUCAGCCCGUUGGCUCAUCAUGGCCUUAGGAUCCUACAGUAGAGCUGCUACUGACCUCAACACUGACCUACUCAACACCGACCUCACUGACACACUGGCUUGCCACAACAUCAACGACCGCAUCAUGAGAGUGGAACACAACCUCCUUUCUCCAUAUGUCUCCCCCAAAGAGGUUCCAUUCCGCCACCUGCUGUUUGGCCGUGGUUCCCACACCCUGGCAGCCCUGUUGGAGGGUGAGGACAGAGAGGUGCUGCGGACCCAGCUGGCCCUGGCCACCUGGACGCUACAGGGCUGUGCCAACGCUCUCUCUGGAGACGUCUGGGACAGCGACAACCAGAUGUAACAGUGUGCGUCUGUCCGUCCGUCUGUCCUGGUUCACUGUAAAAUCCAGGAUGAGAUGAAGACGGAUUGGUCAGGGGUGACGAUGUAAUAAGAGACCAGGAACUACUGUCAUUCCUUCCAGUUUCAGUUACUGGACUUCCUGAAGAAUGUUGAGAUUGAUCGACCUCUAACCCCUCGACACAGAGGAGCCUAUUUAUACGUUAUAUAUCUAUCAGUCCACUAUAAAUGUUCUCUGUUUUAAUGAUGAUAAAGUUCUUGUUUAUUUUUAUAACAUUUUUGGAAGCAGUGCCUUCAGACUUAUGGCAGUUUCAUGUUGUUAGUUUAGGUUAAGAGUUUAUUUAUUUUUCAGUGCCAGUGCUCACUAUACAUGUUUAAAUGUCAUUCAUUUUGUUUUUGAUAACUUUUUUUUAUCAGGAUCUGUGCCUUCCAGACUUGACGGCUAUGUGUUUGUUCAUUUGGUUUUUGAUAGUUAUCAGGAUCUAUGCCUUCCAGACUUGACGGCUAUGUGUUUGUUCAUUUGGUUUUUGAUAGUUAUCAGGAUCUAUGCCUUCCAGACUUGACGGCU